AUGCCAAUAGGUGUGUCUGUACUUCAGCCGCAGACUGACUAGUCAUCUUACGCGUAUAUUGCUGGGCGUUUGACGGUCGCUUUGCUGGUGAUCAAGAACUGCUGUCAUGUCAUUCGCAUUGACCACUCCUGUGGCCGUGACGGCCGGGGUGCUCGUGGUUUCUACUGUGGUUCUCCUGGGCUACUUUUACCUUGGCAAGAAGAAGAAGCCUUUGGUUACCUUGGUUGACCCCUCUGAAAAAUACAAAUUAAGAUUAAUAGACAAAGAGGUUAUUAACCAUGAUACACGCAAAUUUCGCUUUGCCCUGCCAAGCAUGGAGCAUGUCUUAGGCUUACCUGUAGGGAAACAUGUCUACCUCUCUGCCCGGAUUGAUGGCAGCCUAACUGUGCGUCCAUACACACCAGUAUCCAGCGAUGAUGACAAGGGUUUUGUAGAUCUGGUUGUUAAGAUUUACUUCAGGAACGUUAACCCUAAAUUCCCUGAAGGAGGAAAGAUGUCACAGUACCUGGAGAGCUUGAAAAUUGGAGAUGUGAUUGACUUCAGAGGGCCAGGAGGCUUGCUUGAGUACAAGGGGGAUGGGCAGUUUGCCAUACAGGCUGAUAAGAAGUCUCCACCUGAGAUCCAGAAGGCCAGCUCCCUCGGUCUCAUUGCUGGUGGAACAGGCAUCACACCCAUGCUGCAGUUGAUCCGUGCCAUUAUGAAGAACCCUAGUGAUAAUACUAAAUGCCUCCUGCUGUUUGCCAACCAGACUGAAAAGGACAUUCUCCUGAGGGAUGAACUUGAGGAGAUCCAGGCCAGACACCCAGAUAAGUUUAAGCUGUGGUUCACUGUGGACAAGGCCCCUGCAGACUGGGAAUACAGCCAGGGCUUUAUCAAUGCGGAUAUGAUCCAGGAGCACCUUCCACCACCCAGUGAUGAAUGCAUGAUCCUCAUGUGUGGUCCACCUCCAAUGAUCCAGUUUGCCUGCAACCCUAAUCUAGACAAGCUGAGCUAUAGAGAGAACCAGCGCUUCAGCUACUAGUGUCUGUCCUCUCUCUUCUGCCAAGAUACUCCAAAGAUGGCAGUGCUUAGUCACAGCAGCCAAAAGCUCUGCAGGCAUGGCUUGGAAUUCACACAGCACAGAGCUGGUAAUGUCAUGCAAGUUACAAACCGCUCUGUUUCUUUAAGUGACAGCCUUCAUAUUAAAAAUGAAUUGUUUACUGCUGAUAUACCUACUUGAUGAUAUUAAAUGCUUCAAACUGCUAUACUGUUUAGAGAUAAUUCAGUGCCCUUAAGAAAAAUCUUGUGUGGAGAUUUGUUUUGCUUUCUGGCUCAGUUAUUUUCCUAAAUAUAUCACCUAAAUAUAAAGUUUUGUAUUACAUAGAACUAUUUUAAAUCCUAAUACUGACAUGCCUUAAACUGUUGAUAUGCACUUCUUUGCUGUUUGCUGCUGGAUUCUUGCUGGAUCUUUUGUGUAUGAAUAUAACAUGCUGACUUUAUUAUUGCACAGUAAUGUAAUAUUGUGGUCAAAUGUAUUUUUGUCAGUUUGUAAAGGGUUUUUUUGCAUGUGCCAUUUACUUUAUAUAUGCAGAGGUUUUGAAAGCAUUUCAAUUUUUGCAUAAAAUACACUGUUGAAGUAUGGGAUGAAGCUCAUUAAAAGGCAAUAAUCAUGA